CGAGCGGCAAUCGUUCCCCAAACACGCUCGUUCACGCGUUGCUGCUGACAUCCCAGUCAGUUUUGAUGGGCUAGAAACUCCAGCUGCCGAAACAAAACCCUGAGUCAGUUCACUUCGUUCCGUCCAUAUAAAUCCUGGUGCUUGUGGCUGAAUGCCAGCAGAAUAGUGACAGCACACAGUUUUUGUAGCAUUGAAGGCCUCGUGAUGUACCGCGGGGGUGCUAUGUGCUGUCAGAAGCACUCGCAGCGGCCUGGACUGCUGGGGAGGCUUGACCACUGAAGCGCAGUGGUCGCAGGGCCACCAUGGCUUUGCCACCCGAUCCAGAGGCAGGUGGUGCACAGGCAUUUGUGUACCGCGACGCUUCCGCACGCGGCAUGUACGCGGGCCUGGCACCACACUUCAACGACAGGAGGCUCUCAGAUAUUGUCAUCCUGCGACCUGAUGGCAGGAGCAUCUACGCACACCAAGUGGUGCUGGCAGCGUGCUCGCGGAAAUUCUCAAACGUCUUUGGGCACGGUGAGGCCACUGGCAAGGAACUGCCCAUCCAGGGAGUGGACAGUGAGGCUUUGGAGCUGGUGCUUUCCAGCUUUUACCGAGGCGAAUGCAAGUUGACGCCCACCACUGUGGUGCCCAUCUAUGAUGUGUGCCUGAAGCUGGAGGUGCCCGGCCUCACCUCUGCCUGCGAGCAGUUCCUGCAGCGCAGCAUGGGCCCUGACACCUGCUGCAUGUACCUGGAGGCGGCGCUGGCGGUGCUGCUGGAGCACACGGUCAAGAUGUGUCUAUCCUACGCCAAGGACAGGUUUGAGGAGAUUGCCGCUGCGCCAUCCUUUCUCAGGCUCAGCACCAAAUCUGUGCGACUGCUGCUGACAUCGACCCGAAACAGUGGCAGCGGCAUUAACGACAUCAGCCUAGCACGAGCGCUGGCGCGCUGGGCCGUCAGUAAGCCUGAUCACUUGUCGGAGUGCGAGUCAAUCUUCAAGGAGCUGAAUGUUACUACGACGGCGCUGCUGCAGCUACUGCAGUCCGCGGACUUCGUGCAUGCGCUGCAGGGGCAGCAGAAGCCUGGCACAGGUCAAGGCAGCACGGCAGCAGCAGGCGGUGGUGGUGGCGGCAGUGGCGGUGCUGGUGGUGGCGGUAGUACAACUGGCCGCCAGCCGCCCCCGCCGUUGCCACGACAGCAGCAGCAGCAGGCGGGACUGGCCGCACCUUCCGCCGCACCACAACAGCAGCAACUACAGCAGCAACAGAUCGGUGCAGGGCACGGGCGAGAGGGCGACCGCGGUACCUUUGGGUACGCCCCGGAUGCGAACAGCCGAGACGCCCGCGAGGGUGCAGCAGGUGGUGGUGGCAUGGGCAACGGCCGGCUGGGCGGCGCCAGUGGAAGCCCGGCACACGUGGCCGGCGCGCAUAUGCAGCAGGGGCAGGCAGCAGGCACAGGAGGGCCGCCGCCGCCGCAUGCAGGUGGACAUUCUGCGCAGCAGCAGCUCCGCAACUCGCCCAUGCUGGCGAGCGGCGGUAGCGGCAGCAGGGCCGCAGAGCGCGGCGGGCCGACGGAUUACGGGGAAGGCCCCCCCGGCGGCAUGCGCCCCCCAGCAGCUGCAGCAGGCACAACAGCGGAGCGUGGAGACCGCUACGACCGCACAGGAUGGUACAGCGGUGGCGGCAGCGGCGCUGGCCGGGGCCUUGCUGGUCAAGCAGGACCGCCGGGCAGCGGCCUGACCGCUGGCCGACCGGGAGGCGGCCGCAGCUCGCCGCCGCCGCCUUUUGGGCGCCAAUCACACCUGGUGGAGCAUGCGGCAGGAGCAGGGGCCGGCUCGGAAAGAGUCGGCGGUAUAGACGGCGGGCCCUUUCAGCGCCGGUCGCUGCCGUCAGAGCUGCUGGCCGGCGGGCCUGGCAUCGGUGGUGGUGGCGGUGACGACGAUAGACAGGCGUACGCACGGCGGUACGGCGGUGGCAGCGACCGUGCCGCGCCGGACAGCGAGCUCGCUGGUGCUGCGGCAACGACGCGAGGCGGCGGCGGCGGCGGCGGCGGCAGCGGCGGCGGCGGCGGCGGCGAACGUGACAACCUCGUGGCGGUGCCGCUUCCGGUGCUGGAGCAGCUGGGUCUCACCGUGCGUCUGACCUCCAGCGGCGCACUGGCGGCCACUGGCGGGCCGCUGGGCUCCAAGCAGGUGCCGCUGUCGGUGUCGGGCUCGGGCCGGUCAGGGCCGCUGAUGGCGAUGCUGCCGGCGGGCCUGGUCAAAUACCUGCAGCAGGUCGGCUCCGGCGGCCCCAUGCCGUACGAGGCGGGCGGUGGCAGCGGCCGCAGCGGCGCGGGCGGGGCUGCAGCAGGCCGCCUGGAUGACGGCAGUCCGCCGCUCCCACCGGGGCUUCUACCGCCGCAGCAGCACCAGCAGCAGCCACGCGCGUAUGGGUCAGCAGACCGGGCAUUGGACCGGAACGGGGGCUCGGGGUUGUCGCCGCAUGCGGCCGGGCCAUCAGGGCGAGGGGGCGCGGGCUUGGGCCCACACCAGCGUUCCUCCUUAGACAUGCUGAGCACGGUCGCGGCGAGCGCGGAGGAAGAAGCAGGAUUCGUGGACAUCCCCGGCCUACCGCGACUUGGGCAGACAGGCGGCGGGCGACUGAUGGCGCCGCGUAGCGCGAGCCUGGGGCUUGGAGGCCUGGCCACAGAAGUCGGCGCGAGCGGCGGGCGCAGCGGUCGGUUUGACCUGCUGGGUCUAGGCGGCCUUGCGCCACACUUGACAGCCGACGGUGGCGUUGCAGGCCGCUGGUCGGUGCCGGGCGCGAUUGCCGGCACAAGCGGCUCACUGCUGCCGCUUGGCGGCUCGCUCGGUGGGCCCGGCGACCUGCUUGGCGGCGGCCUGAACGGCGGCAGCCGGGCGCCUCUGGGCGGCAUGUCCAAGCGGCAACGGCCUUCCCCGGAGGACCUGGACCCAGACCACGAGGAGCCCGGGCUGGGUCUGGGUGGAGCAGGAGGCGGGCGUGGUGGCGGCUUGACGCCUGGCGGCGGGGCGCGGGCCCGCGGCGGCGGCGGGUACGGCAGCAAGGGGCCGCUGCUGUGCCACGUGGACGACUGCAACGUGGACCUGAGCAGCCUCAAGGAGUAUCACCAGCGCUUCAGGAUAUGCGACUUCCAUUUAAAGGCGGAGGUGGUCUUGCGGGAGGGCAUCCCGCAGCGCUUCUGCCAGCAAUGCGGCCGCUUCCACCUGCUAUCAGAGUUUGAUGGCACCAAACGCAGCUGCCGUGCCAGGCUGCAACGCCACAAUGCCCGUCGACGCAAACGGCCGGACCAGCGAGGCGACAGCGACGAUGUGCCGCGACGGCAGCGGCCCGUCUACCAGACGAUGCGCCAGCCGCCGUACCUGUCGGCGGGUGUCGCGGCCGGCAACAUGGCGCUCGCGGCCGCAGCUGCGGCGGCUGCUGGCGUCGGUGCGCCACUGUCAGGUGGCGAUGCCGGCGGCCUACACAUCCCCGACCUUACGUCGCUCCCGCCCGCCGGGUCGUCCGGUGACGGGCCGCACGCGCAGCUGCCGCUAGACCUACAGCAGCUGCUGGCGCAGCAGCACACGCUGCCGACCGGCGGGGUGGCGGGCUGGCCGGAUGGCUGGCCCGGCGGCGGCGGCACGGCGGACGACGCCGACGGAGACGGCGACUACGAUGCGGAGGACAAUGGCGGUCCGUCGGGCGACGACGCGGCCAUGGAGGGAACGCCAGAGGACGGCGACAACCGCUUUACGCCGCAGCAGUUGCAGCAGCAGCAGCAGGCUGGCGCGAUGCGGGGCGGCGGCAGCGCUGCUGCUGGCAGCGGCAUUCGUUCGCAGAUCAUCCGUGACAUUUUGAUGCAAGCGGAGGAGCGGCAGCAGAGCGAGCAACAGCAGCGCCAGCAGGCGGCUGGUCAGGGCCAAGGCCAGCAGAACGCGGCGCCGCCCGCCGCUGCGUCAGGCGCCCGGGCCUCGUUGCUCGACCUGGCGAUGGCGGUCAGGGCCCAGGAGGGCGAGGCCAGGCCUCCUGAUGCUGCCGGCGGCACAGCUGGCGGCGGCCGGACGCCCAAGCAAGGCGUGGAUAUGGACCAGCAGCAGUCAGCAGGUGCGGCUCGCGGUGCAGGUCUGGACGGCAGGUCUGGAGCAGCAGGGGAAGCGGCAGACACCGACGGUGUGCCGCCGGCGACCGCAACAGCAGGUGGUGGCGGCGCCAGUAAUGUCGGUGACGGUAACUCGCCGCGGCGGCCGCAGCAGCCGUCGACAGCAGCUAUGCCACAGCCGCCGCCGCAGGCGCCCUCGCCGCCACCUGCUGUGAAGAUCAAGCUGGAGCCGACGACGUCGGCAGAUGUAGCAGACGGCGCGCGUAUGCCAGCGGAUGCAGCAGCAACUGCCACGAGCGCCGCCGGUGAUGAUACCCGUGCAGCAGCAGCUGCGGCCGGCGGUGGCAAGUAAGGCCGCUUGAGGAAAUGCAUGUGGCCGGCAAUGCAUGGAGCGAGGGUGCCGCGAAGUGCGCGCAUUCAGAGGGUCUGGAAGGCGCGGAUUGGCUGUGUCCAAAUGCUGUCGGAAUAAUCAACGGCAGCGAGAUCCGUAAGCUUGGCACGUUACUUCCUACAAACUGAAGUUCUUUCUAAGGAGCCAAUGAGUUCGUUACAAACGCAUGAAACCGCAUGCCUUCGGACUGCGCAAAACAUGGCACAGCUGGCUGUGGAGAGGUGGUGCACUGGCGGCUUGCCCCAACACUACGGGAUGGCCGUAGGGUCGAUGGCGCACCCGAAAUGGGUAUGGCUGAUGGCGUGCAUAGCGCAACCCGGCGUCGCCAGCUGGCCGCUCACGGUUGGAAUGGUACUUCGGUGUACUGGGGUUGGUGCCAAUCUCGUCCAUUGCGGCAUGUGUCUUGAGGAUUGGUGUAUGUCUGGCGAGGUAAGGAGGGUCUCAAUGGCUGAAUUCGGCGGUAUGGAAUGCAUGGCGCGUGUCUAUAAGCUGUGUGUUUUGCCGUAUGGUGGCGGCGUGUUUCUGGACAACGUGCUUUUUUUUGCUUACCGCAGCACCCGCAAAAUGCCGUGGCGCGUCUGGGUUCCAUCCGUGCUGAGCUUACUUAAGCUCAACGCGCGUUGCGAGAUGGUCUAGCUAGUUGGUUGUGGCCGCCGGUCGGUAUGGGUUUGUCGAUGGCUCGAUUCUCUUACACACUGUUAUCGACAGAUGCUGAACAUUAGGCCGACCAACACCAAGUGUGGACUAGGGGUUGCGCACGGGUUGGUUUAAGGGAGACGUUAGCCAAUCCAUGGACCAAACUGAUAUUCGGUGUCAGCCUCCGUAACGUACCACACCAUCUUUGAAAUGCUUAGAACCUGGGACGCACGUAUGCCGUGUCGAGCGGGUGCUAAGUGGAACAUGGGCACAGGUGUGAAGAACGCUGCCACGGGUUGAGGCCGGUAUGCGGACGCUGGAGGUGGGUGAGUGUUGAUUGCGUGCACCACAGGUUAGCUUGACAGCUGACCGGGUAACGCAGGACCAGCGUCGGCAAGCAUUGUAGAGUGGCCGCUCACUGUUGGUCGCCGAGUGGUCUGAAGCAUUCUGAUGGGCGUGAGCUGGGGCCGGAGGCGGCGGACCAGGUGGGUGGAUUGCUCGCGCGUAUCAGCAAGUUAAAGUGGCGCCGCCAGCUCCCUCGGCUACCAGUGCAUGGCUGUGUGCGUUGGCGACGGGAGCCUGACAGCCGCUUUGACGGUGUGGCCAAGAACUGCGGUAACCAUGGGGCCCGAAGCCAGGGCACUCCGCAAAUAAUUACGGCACAUACGCCCUACGUUUCUGUACCGUGAAGGGGCGGGUAGCUACGCCAUCUAUCAGAGUGGUGCAUGCAUGACAUCGAACAUGACAUCCUGACGGAGUCCAUACUGCGAACUGCUCCGUGUGCUGCACAAGUUGCUGCACUUGCAGCUGUAUGUGCCCAUACACGUACGCAUCGUAAGUGACUCCGGCCGUCUGGCCGGGCUUCGUUUUGUUGUUUACUUUACACGUACGCAGCAGACAAGCAAUGGCGGGUACUGGGUUGUGCGCAAGGGGCAAGGGGUCCAUGGAAGGCGGCAGGGGUUCGGGAUGUACGUAUGUCAUUUGUUCGCCAUAUUAUUCGGGAUUGGGGUACCGUAUGCACGCACGUACGUCGGACGGAGGAUCAUGGUAGGAAGCGUGUGGUCGGGUAUGGCUGCAAGGUUAGUUGUGGGUAUGUUUACAGGGGCAGCAGCGGUAUUGCUGGCUGAAGGCUUGCAUGCGCAUACUAAAUUUCGGCAAGCCUGACAAGGCGCGCACGAGUGCGGCGACAGGGGCCUUGCCGUCCAGGUUGUAAAGUAGGUAGGUGGGAGCCAUUCCGCACGGGGUUAGGAGACGCCUACACGAGGCCGCUUGCGACGAGGCAGCUGGACACUGUACGCUGGACUAGCAUGGCACUUCAAUGCAAAUUUUGUAUGGCGGUAGGGAAUAAGGCAUGGCAUGCCUUGCACCAGGCAGGGAAAGGCCAGGGAUUAGCAUCCAGGAUGCCCCCAACGCUUAAUGUGGCUUAACGGUAUCGAUGUUGCAUGCAAUUAGCGAAGCCAUUUUGGAAUUGCGUGUGUCUGAUGAGAGUACUGCUGUGUGAUAGGGUAUGCAUGGAGCGGGGAGAGACGGCAUUACCUUAUCGUCUGGAUGGAAAGAGAGUCGUCCUGGUGCUGAUAGGACUCUCACAUGGUCUGCAUGGAUGGCAACAUGGCUGCGGGGAUCUCGUACGCCUGCGCUAAGUGCUGUGACUACGCAAGGAGUGAGUGUUUAGUGAACGGUACUGCUGCAUGUUCGGGAUGUUCCGCUUUGUUGAUGGUUCGGGUAAGGUUCUACCGCCAAGCAAGAGCACGCACGCCACUUCAACUGCCUUUUCUUCUCUUUUCUU